CCGGCUCCGCCGCCAGCUCGGGCCACGGACCCCCACCCAGAGCCCCCUCCCCGCAGCGCAGCCCAACGGAGGGCCCUCUCCCGCCUGUAGCCCAACCGCCCGCCGGAGCAACAGCUCGGGGGCCAGACCCCCGCCCGCCCGCCCUCAGCUCAGCCUUGCCGGAGCCUCCUGGCCAUGAAUCUCUUCCGAUUCCUGGGAGAUCUCUCCCACCUCCUAGCCAUCAUCUUGCUACUGCUCAAAAUCUGGAAGUCCCGCUCGUGUGCCGGAAUUUCAGGGAAGAGCCAGGUCCUAUUUGCUGUGGUGUUCACUGCCCGCUACCUGGACCUGUUCACCAACUACAUCUCACUCUACAACACGUGCAUGAAGGUGGUCUACAUAGCUUGCUCCUUCACCACUGUCUGGAUGAUUUAUAGCAAGUUCAAAGCUACGUAUGAUGGGAACCAUGACACAUUCCGAGUGGAGUUCCUUGUUCUUCCCACGGCUGUCCUCGCAUUCCUGGUCAACCAUGACUUCACUCCUCUAGAGAUCCUCUGGACCUUCUCCAUCUACCUGGAGUCCGUGGCCAUCCUGCCACAGCUGUUCAUGGUGAGCAAGACUGGCGAGGCGGAGACCAUCACCAGCCACUACCUGUUCGCGCUGGGUGUCUACCGCACGCUUUAUCUCUUCAAUUGGAUCUGGCGCUACCACUUCGAGGGCUUCUUUGACCUCAUCGCCAUUGUGGCUGGGCUGGUCCAGACGGUCCUGUAUUGCGAUUUCUUCUACCUCUACAUCACCAAAGUCCUCAAGGGGAAGAAGCUGAGUUUGCCUGCGUAGCCCUGGUCCGGCCUGGCCCGGCCCACUCCACUCCUCAGCAUGGUGGAGGCAGCAGCAGAAGCAGAGGAAGGUGUCAGGAGACUGACGGCGCCUUCCGUCCAGGAGUGACUUUUUAAAGAACCCGACUUUCCCCACUCCCUGUACCCGCUCCUACCGGGUUUGGGGCGGCUGAUGGAAGACCCAAGUCUUGGGAAACUCAGGACCUGGGCUGUUUCUAGUUUUCUGCCUUUUAGAGAUGACAAAAAAAAAAAAAAAAAGAAAAAUUUUUCCACUCUUUAGUUUUUGAUUCUGAUGAGCCCUUUUUCUUUCCUUCUCUGGCCCCAAUUUUUAUAAACUCUUUUUGAGUGUCCCAUGAGCCAGGACAUGAGCUCUUCCCGUCCCCAGGCCCCUCCACUGGUUGCCAAACCCCAAAUCUGCUGCUCCCUCCCACAAAGUCCCUGGGUGGGGGACAGGGAGGAAGGGAGGCCCGGGAAGGUCUCCCUAGAGUUUUCAUAAUUUUUGCCAGAAUUUGGGAUUUUUUGGUCUUGUCUUGGUUUUUGGAAAAUUGUGGGAGGCUCUGGGCCUGGACGUGGGAAGGGGGCUGGCCCUUGGGUCCCCACGGCUCUUAACACCAUGUUUUUGUACAGAAUUUGAUGGUUGAUUCUUUGUUCUCUUGAAAUAAACAGAGGAAAAUGAUA